CCUUGCCCGCCAAAUUGAAAAUCCAUCGAAUCGACAAUCGUUAAGAAACCCGUCUUGUACGUACACCCAUAAUUCUCACUGGAAGCGAUUCUCGAUGCCGACCACGUGGCGGCGCCCGCAUCGUGGUGGAGUGACGUUUCUCAUACAACUGUCACGUUCGUGGUCGCGUUUGGCUGUCGAUGUGUGUACAAUCGCGGCUUCGUUCGAGCAGUAGCAGCCGACUCGUGGGUCGGUAUAUACGUGGUGUGUCGUCUGCUCUCGGUAAAAGCGAACCGCGCGCGCGUUGUAUUCGAGGGUAAAGAGAAAGAGGGAGAGAAAGAGAGUUUAUUACAUUCGCGUACAGCAAACUCGCGCGAGAGAGUUGGAGCCUUCGUGUGUGUUCGUGUGCAUAUGUGUUGGUGCGCGUACGUACAUGUGCGUGUGCGCGUGUGUGGGAUGUGGUGCACGGAUACAUAUUCCCGGAAGAAACGGAGAGACGAGUGAGAGAUACGCCGACCGCAAGGCUUCCGUUGUCGCCUCCGCGAACUGCAACGCGACGUGCGAGCACGUGAAUUGUGCCCCAAGCUGCGACGGGCACGUACGAGUGAUCUAUCGGGGCUAUCGGCAUGGCAAGUAAUGUGGGACAAGGCAGUGACAGUGCUCUAGUGUUGAUUAUAUUAUCGAUACGCCAUCGACAUCGGCCAGUCCCACUUUUAGCCAGAGGAAAGACAUCGUAUCUACGACCCACACAUAAUCUCGGCGCGACAGCGCAAUUAUGAAGGCUAAAAAGUACUUCAUCUUCAACAAGAAGGUACUCUGAAGGCAUUUUCGACGCCAAUCGGGGCCCCGAAACAUUUUGCGCGUGCAUUUCUACGCGAUCGAGAGGACUCGCGCGGAUUCCUGAGGAUUUCUGAUUUUCCGAACGGAAGAAAGGCAUAACGUUCGAAAUCCGGUCACCCGGAGAGAGCGAGCGUGUCCGCACGGGGAGAGAGAAUCGAAGAGGGUUACGCGAGCCUGGGACAAACGCUGGGACGAUCGAUCGAUUACACGAGGGAGGAGGACCAGGAGCGCGGAAUAACUCCGAGUGUUUUUUCUCGCGGCUGCGAGCUCUCGGCCGUUCAAUCGUUUAAUCCUUCUUCCGAGAAGUCCGGGAAAAGUAUAAUAAUCUAACGAUCUAGAUUCUGGGGGUGGGGAAGAAAGUAAGCGGACGAGAGGGGGACAAGCUCGCUCAGAGUCAAUCGUUGAUCAAUCAUAAGAGGAGGGAAGUGAUAGUCGGGGAGACGACACACGUGGGGAUAAGACUCGGGAACGUUUAACAGUUGGAUCCGAACGCGCGGUGUUUCAAUGAGACAGGGAGAUGAGGACGAGGAAGUCGUUGCUGCCGAUAGUUCUGCUGUGCGUCACGGUGGUGGGCCUGGCGAUCUGCCAGGAGAAGAGGUGGCCCAAAACGACCACGAAGCACCGGGAUAAAAGCGCCAAGGGCAAGUACGAUCCCGAUUACGCGGACAGGACGAGGGAGGAUUCUGAGGAGCUUUAUUACGAUCGAAGUUCGGCCACGGACUACGGUCCCGACGCUCUACACAAGCUUAAGACAAAGCUGGCCUAUAGAAACGCCUAUAGAAACAACAGAGCAAUCGACAACUCCAGAUCUACGGAUGUCGGGUUCAAGAACAAUCAGCAGUCUAGUCAGUCGUCGAAUCUGCCCAACUCGCACAUGAAAUCGAGCGAGGAGGUGGGACGCGAGAAGGGACGACGAUACAAGAACGUGACUAUCGCGGACGGCAUUUGUCAGAGCAUAGAUAUCAGGAAUAGCGUUGGCUUCUUCGCGAUAUUGAGGAACUGCCGCGUGAUCGAGGGUUUCCUUCAGAUCGUGCUGAUCGAGAACAAUACCGAGGCCGAUUUCGAGAACGUUAGUUUCCCGGAACUGCGUGAGAUCACCGGCUACUUUCUUCUGUAUCGCGUGGACGGUCUGAAGAGCCUCAGCAAACUUUUCCCCAAUCUCGAGGUCAUCCGGGGUGACAUACUCCUUACGGACUACGCCUUCAUGAUUUAUGAGAUGAAGAACUUGCAAGAGAUCGGUCUCACCAGUCUGACGAAGAUCUCUCGGGGCGGUGUACGCAUUGAGAAGAAUCCCUCUCUCUGCUUCACGAAUACUGUGAAUUGGAGUUUCAUUGUGCCGGCUGGCGAGAAUUUCAUUAAAGAGAACGUAAAUGCACAGAAUUGCCCGCACAUGAAAGGAUGCUCUCAGUGUCCUGGCGGUUAUUGCUGGACCGCCCAACAUUGCCAAUUGCUAGAGAGGUCAACAUGUCACGAACAAUGCCUCGGAAAAUGUUACGGUCCGAGCGACAGUGAAUGCUACGUGUGCAAACAUUUCCGGCAUGACGGAAGAUGCAUCGAAAGCUGUCCGCCUAACUUAUACGCGUAUCUGUCGAGACGCUGCAUCAGCAAGGACGAAUGCCAGAAAAUGAACCAGUUCAGAAGAUUUUCUAAAACAGAUGAAACAUGGCGGCCUUUCAACAAUUCUUGCGUCACUCAAUGUCCUGACGGUUACGAGGAUGAUGUCGACGAGAAGAAUGCAACAACCUGUCGGAUUUGUACAGGCCAGUGCCGUAAGAUCGGAAGCGGCGCUAUUAUACGUCACAUUUCGGACGCUCAGAGUUUUCGCGGUAUAACAGUGGUUAAGGGCGCCCUAGAGUUUCAAAUCAGAAACGGGAAUCCGAAUAUAAUGAACGAAUUGGCGGACGCGUUUGGUUUAAUCGAAGAGAUAACCGAGUAUGUGAAGAUAACGCAUUCCUUCCCAAUCACAUCGUUGGACUUCUUCAAGAAGCUCAAGGUGAUCAAGGGUGAAAUUCUGGACAUUAAUAACGCGAGCUUCGUAGUGCUGGACAACCCGAAUCUCUCUUCGCUCUUUCCAUCGUCUCAAAAUAUAACAAUAGAAAGAGGCAGACUAUUCUUCCAUUAUAAUCCCAAGCUCUGUCUCUCCAAGAUAGAGCAAUUCGGUAAAACGGUAAACAUCACCAAUUUCACAGAUCUUGAAGUACAACCGGAAUCGAAUGGUGACAAGGUGGCCUGUAACAUCGUUAAUAUAAAUAUUACGAUAAUGGAGCGGGCUGCCGAUUACGUGAAUCUAACUUGGGACAGCUACAAGCCAUCAGAAGGCCAACAGUUGCUCAAUUAUCUACUAAAUUACAUAGAAACCGAGAAUGAGAAUGUAAUGUACGAGGCGAAUGCUUGUGGUAAUAACACAUGGCAGACCGUAGAUGUUGGUACAUCUAGGAACUCGACCGUUUCGAAGAAUAUUACGAAUUUGAAACCAUACACCAAGUACGCCGCGUACGUGAAAACAUUCACGGCGAGGAACAAGAAUUCCUUUAUAAGUCCGGUGGGUCAGUCAGAGAUUAUCUUCUUCCGGACGAAGAGCGCGAUACCCUCAGUGCCAACGAAUGUGAGCACGACCGUAAUAAGUGACAGCGAGAUUCUGUUUAAGUGGGCCCCGCCAGUGUAUCCAAACGGUCCCAUAGGUUACUAUAUGAUCUCCGGUACGUUUCAACCAGACGACGAGAAGGAAUUGAUCGAUUCUCGAGAUUAUUGCAUCGACACCUUGGUCAGCGAAACCGAGAAGGAAGAGAUACACGAGGUGACGAUUAAGACUCCGCUCAUCUCGAAUCCUAAUUCCUUCUGCUCUAAAGACGCGAGCGCGAAACUCGCGAUUUCUAAGCAGUUCGAGAUAUUCUGCCACAAGAAUAUGACCAUCAGUUACUUGUCACCCGGCUGGAAGGACUAUUGCGUUUUCAAUACGUACAACUCGCCGGAUAGUAGAUUUUACGAUUUGGCAAAUAACUUGUCCUCUGCGCAGGAGAAGCAGAAAAUGGCAAUGAACGUUUCUUCAACCAUUACGGGUAGUAAUAUCGCGAUCAGUCAUAUAGAUAAUGAAGUGUUCGUAUACAAUGUCACUGCUGGAAAUAAUUCGUAUCACUUGAAGAAUUUACGUCACUAUUCUUUAUACACCAUCACGAUCGCUGCGUGUGGCGUGAAGGUGGAUGACGAUACGCCGAUGUGUUCGUCUAUUCAGUACGCGAACGCGCGGACUAAAAUGCGACCGAACGCGGAUGACAUUCAGAAUGUAAAGGUCCACGUUUCGAACGACACAAUAGUCGAGGUCAUUUGGGAAUCGGUCAAGAACCCGAACGCAUUCACAGUCUCUUAUACUAUCGAGUAUACGAAUUUAGACGUGAAGGACGCGAAGAAAAGCACCGAGUGCAUUCGUAGAAAAGCACCGUACACCGGUCAUAAGGAGAGAUAUAACAAUCAUUAUAUCAAGAACCUCAGUCCGGGUAGGUACAGUCUAAGAAUACGCUCCACCUCGCUGGCAGGUGAUGGCACCUUCACCAAGGUGAUUUACUUCUCCAUCGGUCUAUCGGACCACAGUCAGAUAAUACUGGCGACACUGCUAACUAUAGUUGUGCUACUCGUCAGCAUGAUCGUGGUAACGCUCCUUAUCAAGAGUCAUCAAAAGAAGCGGACACAGGAGCGAUUGAUAGCCAGUGCGAAUCCGCCAAAUUACAUUACGGAGACCAAGUACGUCAUCGACAGCUGGGAAGUGCCCAGGGAAAACGUUGAGAUCCUGGAAGAGCUUGGUUUGGGUAACUUCGGCAUGGUAUAUCGGGGUUAUUUGGAUGGCACCGUGCAAGUGGCCAUCAAGACGAUCUCCGAGAACGCCAGCCAGCGGGAGAAGAAUGAGUUUUUGAACGAGGCCUCGGUCAUGAAGAACUUCUCGACGUGGCACAUCAUCAAACUGCUAGGCGUGGUCUCCAUGGGCAAUCCGCCGUUCGUCAUAAUGGAGCUUAUGGAGAACGGCGAUUUGAAAACGUAUCUACGUAGGAUACGUGACACCCAACUGGUACCCGAUGCGUCCAGGAUAAUAAGAAUGGCGGCGGAGAUUGCCGAUGGUAUGGCCUAUCUCGAAUCGAAGAAAUUUGUCCAUCGCGAUCUGGCCGCGCGCAACUGCAUGGUGUCGAAGGAUCUCGUUUGCAAGAUCGGCGAUUUCGGCAUGGCAAGGGACAUUUACGAAACCGAUUACUACAAAAUCGGCAAGAAGGGCUUGCUGCCGAUACGCUGGAUGGCGCCGGAGAAUCUUUCCGACGGUGUGUUUACGUCUGACUCGGACGUGUGGUCUUUUGGCGUCGUUUUGUACGAGAUACUUACCCUCGCCGAGAUACCAUAUCAGGGCUUCUCGAACGAGGAGGUGUUGCAUCAUGUGUUGCGCAAGGGCAUGUUGCACAUACCACGUAACUGUCCAGAGACCGUACAGAAGAUCAUGGAGAAAUGCUUCAAAUGGCGACCAAGCGAACGCCCUACUUUCAUGGAGAUCGUUGCCGAGUUGGAACCGUUUUUGAAUCAGGAUUUCUGUGAGAAGUCCUUCUACCAUGCGGACGAGGGGAUCGAGAUACGCAGUCUCGGCAUAAAAAAAGUCUACCAUAACGCCGCGCCGAUUCGAUUUCACUGGGGUCACGAGACCGCCAGGUGGGUGAAGGACUUCGAGGACAAUGUGACGCUGCUCGAUCAGAUGAAGGCGGGCACCAGUCGCGGGCGGAUCUUCAAGAAUGGUUUCCAGCACUUUGGUAAUGUAACUAACUUCGAGGACGUUCCGCUUGAUCGAUGAGAUUAGUCGAGUUAUAUAUAAAUUAUAAGCGAAAAAAAUCUUAGCGCGAGAGAAAGAUAACGCUGCUUGAAGCCCUCUUUGAUCACAAGAUUUGCGGAAAAACCUGUAGAUAUUAAUGUACAAACAAAUACUCAGGGCAAUGCGCGAGUGGUCCUGACGAGAUUGUUGGACGAGAAAAGAUGUUACCAAGUCACUCGUUCGUUAGCGCGGCAACAAGAGCUUCGUGUCCUUCUCUCGUUGCGGACCAAACGUAAUUAGAUCUUGACGGUGGAUAGCAAUGCAAGGAGAAGACCUCGGGAAAGAUGGUGUUGUGUUCGUAAUAUAAAUUAAGCCAUCAAAUAAUUAGAUAGAGAUAUAUAGGCGCGUAAUGUUUCUACCUUGAUUAGCCUAUCGGAAACCGCAGCUUCGCAGAUCCGUGUUUUCUUUCUCUUAAACACGUCCGGAAGCUCCGAGUCCUUUUGCUAUGUAUCGACUGUUCAUUCCUUUCAGAGUUACUUUUUUCUAUGUCCUUUGCAUAUAAGUCCUGAAGCAACUAUUCCUGAACGUCGUGCUGUAAAUAAUAAUCGAAUUUACACAAAAGAUUCUUUUGCCAGCAUUUCUCUAUAUCUUUAAGAGAAUUCUUUCACAUUCUUCAUGCUAGAUAAUGUGAUCAAGAAUAAUCAAGCAUUAGGAUUUUUAUUCCAUUUUCAAUUGAUUGAUUGAAUAUAUUAAUAACGUGAGGAAAAAUGUUGACCAGAGUCUAGAUAUGUUUUCUUUUCUUUGCAAUAUCAGGUAUAAAUAUGAAAUAUAUAUUCAAUCGCAUAUUCAAUCAUCGUAACGAGAAAUUUUGAAUUAAAAAGCACGAGAUGAAUACGAUGUGCAUGUUAAUUAUUGAUUUUGUUACGAGCUUAUCAUCAUCAUAACACGAGCUUCGCUCAAGUUUCUAACUGUUUCGAGAAAUGUUGUUUCAGGAUUAAUUGAAGGCACACACAACGCGAAAGAAUAAUUUACGAUUUACGUAAACCAGAGUUCCUUGUCGCACGCGCGUCCGUAACAUGAGACGUUAUUACGGCAUAUAAUCUCAAGGUUGUAAAUAAUUACUCUACUUACACACAGUUAUCGUAUGGUAAGUUAAUAGAACUUGAUGCAAUAUAUAGUUCCCGUAAUUAAUUUAUCGAGAGAGUUUUAAAAAAAAGACAAACUUUACCCUCGCAAGUGUAAAUAAAGUUACAAGUUUCUUCCUCGCAAAAGUGCGGAUACCUCGUAGAUAAUUAUUGCAAUAAGAGCGUAUCUACAAUCUCUACGAUAUAUUCACAGUCUCUAUAAAAGUUUUAGUGUAGACAGGCAGAGAGGAAGGGGAAGAAGUAGGUGAUGAGCGGGCAUAAAUCAGGGAUGUUGGUCAGGUCACACGUUUAAGUUUUCUGCACGGCAUAAAAUUAUAUAGACUUGGAGAGUGUUUUUAGCCUCAGAUCUCCUGCAGAUACGGAAUUGGAGGAGUAACGUAAACAAUCAGUAGAUAGUAAAGACAAAUUAGGUGAUAGAAAGAAACGCAAUACGUUGAGAUAACUAUAGGACGGAUCCUGUCAAUAUAUUCUAUUCUAUACUUUAGCUUCCGUUUCUUUGCAGAAUUUUUUCGUCACGAACAUGAGUUUAUACCAAACAUUUGUGGUUUAUUAGGCAUAUUUACUUAAAUCUCUCGUCAUGUCGUCACAUCUUGGAACGGUUCAAUAAUCACUAUGAGCACAGAUUAACCAAGUUUGUGAAACGAUUAUAUACAUGUGUGAAAUGUCUCGAGAGAUUCGAAAACAAAUUUCUCGCCAAAUCACAAACUAACACACUUUACUGAAUAUAAUAAUGAACAUACAAACAUCUUUGUUGGCAUAAAAACAAAUUUGACUUUCUUCUCGUGCUGCGUUUUAACUUCAAAAGAAAGAAAAAAAAAAACAGAAAGCAUCUUACGUUCGCG